AUGAAAGAUGGCCAACCCAGCGUUUAUCUCAAUUAUGUUAACAAGGAACUGUACUAUUAUCGAAAAAGUAAUACGAGCAUAAAUAUAUGUUUCCUGGAUUAUGAUGGUGUUCUGUUAAAAAAAAAAAUAUUUGCUGAAGGGAACGUUGGUCUGUUAACCAUUUUCGGAGAUUUUCUUUACCUUCAAAAAACUGACACAAGAGUGGUUCAGGAAAUGAAUGUAUCAACUGGAGUUGUAUAUCGAAAUAUUUCUUUACCAAAGUCGUUUACCAAUUUGAAUGAGAUCGCCAUCGUGGACCAAUCUCAGUACCCAACAGGUAAGAUGCAACAUAAAAUGCUUGUCCGACUUUCAUUAGUAUAAAUACUGAAAUUCUGAUCAUGAAGUGCGAAGAUUGUAAAUGAAAAUUACUCUUGAAAAUUGUCCCUUAACAGUUCAAGUUACAAACAAAUCGCUAGCCUGCGUAGCAGGCGUUUAGUGCGGGAGGAAGAGAAGAAGGCAUCGUUAAAUAAACGCCUGCCCAAAUGGCUAUGACUAAUUUGUUUUUGACCGAAAAAUCUUCGGCUUUAAUUCCCAUGGUCAAUCUCGCUAACGUAAGUAAUUACGUAACUCAAAUGUCAACAAUAAUUUUGCCCGCGUUUCGAAUAACAGAUAGCCGUUGCUAUAUUUCUCAUAUGCCUUUUAAUGCUUUAGAGGAAACUCUUUCUUAUAUUUGAAGUGUUUAGGCUUGAAAGCAGCACAGAGAAAGUUAAUUAUUAACUUGCUACGUAGUGAAGACGCCGGUUAUCGCGAUUCUUCCAACGGGAUACAGAAAAGUUUGAUCUUACUUACUUACUUACUUACUUACUCACUUACUUACUUACUUACUUACUUACUUACUUACUUACUUACUUACUUACUUACUUACUUUUAUUCAAGGCUCUUCACCUGCCAUGCGAAGAAACUCUCAAUCGGCUAAUUUAGCCGAGGCUUUAUCAACAAUUGUUGAUACAAACUCUCAAAUACAAACAGACUGUAAUAAUAAUUGUGAUUCUGACGAAAAUUUGACCGGAUUUAUUGAUGAUUUGGGAAGGCGUCUGCAAAGUACAUCGAGCGAGAUUGUCGUACGACAGCUAAUCGCACGAGAUACCGAUGGUUUAGCUGGUUUAAGGGAUAGAGUAUUGCAACUGGUCCGUUCUAAGUGGAGUUGUUGUCGAAAAGGCGAACUUCAGAGGAGAAUUACAAGAACUAGGGGAACGUCGGCGUCAGAGAAGCUCGCACAAGAUAUUGUAUUGCUUGUGAAAUUUUACGAGAGCGGCGAAGGAAGUCAAGCGCUAAAGGACAUAUUUCGCAAGGUCAGGAAUACGGAUUGUAGUUACGCUCUCGGAGAUAAGGAAACGAACGCUUUUGAUCAACCUAAUCUCAAGAAACUACUCGAAAUUGUCGAAGAUUUAGAAGCAAAAUUUGUUGAAACAAAUAUUCAACAUAAAACAGAUAUUGACAAAUUGAAAGACGAACUUAAUCAUAUGCAAUUACAUUUAGCCGAAAAAGACUCAAAAAUAUACUCGCUAGAAAAGGAGGUGUCGACGUUACGAGCUAAUUGCCGUGCUUCAAAAGAAUCUCUAAAUUCGAAAUGCGAAAGCAUCUGCGUCGAGAUGGAAAAUAUUUCUAAAAUGGCAGAACAGAGAAAGUCAAAGGAAAGUAUUAAAAUAUUAACGAAAAAAAUUUUGAAUAAUUCUGUAGAGUUUGGCAAUACUGAACUUGCACACCCAGGACCCAAGGGAGCUGUUAACAAUGGUACUCAGCCACGAUCCUUCGCUGCUGUAGCGAGUGGCAGUAAUGAGGACAAUGAGCAAGUUACUAUUGUGAGUGUUAUUGAUUGUGAACAAAGCGAAGGACAAAUUAAUACAGUUCUAGUUAAUGAUGAUGAUAGUAACAAAGGCGAGAGCGCAAAUGACCCGGGACCGCCGUCGAAUAAUACCGAUUGUCCAAAACAAAGUCAAGUAAUUAGAAGUUCAAAAACAAGUGAAAAUCAAAAUGAAGCGAGUUUAGUUGACUCAAAGGUGUUUAUUGGCGUGGAACGGCGCAACACAAAACGAUUGUAUCUAGGUGGUGUUAAAGACGGGGUUCACGCGAGCACUAUAAAAGAAUUUAUGCAGGGAAAAGGCGUUCAGCCGACUUUCGUACGAAUGAUGAAAAGUCGGCGAAGCGGCACCGUUGCUGUGCGUAUAAAUGUCAGAGCUUCAGAUAUUAAGGAGAUUCUUGAACCAAAUUUUUGGCCGAAAAAUGUAUACGCAAGGGAAUGGCUCUCCAAAGAUAAAUGGGAAAAACGGUCAGUGAAAUCUGACAGAGAUCCAUCCAGAGAACCGCCUUCAUAA